AAAUGAUUUUUUCAAGGUUGCUAAGGGAUCGGAUACUGAAGAUCCUCUCUUUCCUCAUGAUGGGUAUGUCACUUUCCUUUGUUUUUUGGAAAACUGGCUCUGACUGGCUGUCAGUGUCUGGUCUCAGAAUACCGCAGGAGUUUUCUCGUGACCUGCCUGGCUGCUUGGCUAUCAUUAAUAAGAACACAGAGGGAAGGAUAGGGGAAUUGGAAGUACUUCUGUCAUCGAGGAGAAGGGAAAAUUUUUUAUCUGAGGAUUUCUAUCUCAAUGUGACAAAGGACUGUCCAGCUUUUAUUGAAGAGAGAGGCUUCAUUACAGUGCCUCUCAGUGAAGAGGAGAAAGACUUCCCCAUUGCUUACUCGAUGGUAAUCCAUGAGAAGAUUGAGAUGUUUGAGCGACUUCUACGAGCUAUUUAUGCUCCUCAGAACAUCUAUUGUGUGCAUGUGGACAGGAAAUCCUCAGAAACAUUUAGGAUAGCAGUGGGGGCAAUUAUCUCCUGCUUUCCUAAUGUGUUUAUAGCCAGCAGAUUAGAAAGCGUGGUAUAUGCUUCAUGGUCUCGGGUGCAGGCAGAUUUGAACUGCAUGGAAGAUCUGCUGAGCUCACACAUCCAGUGGAGGUAUCUGCUUAACACCUGUGGGACAGACUUCCCCAUCAAAACCAAUAGAGAGAUGGUUCAGGCGCUGACGGCCCUCCAAGGGAGAAACAGCAUGGAGACUGAGGUCACAAGGGAACACAAAAAAGUCCGUUGGCAGUAUCAUUACAAUGUCACUGACGUGAUCACCUGGACAGAUGUAACGAAAAGUCCCCCACCCAUUAGUGUCCCCAUGUUUCAGGGAAAUGCUUACGUUGUUGUCUCAAGGGCUUUUGUGAAACAUGUGAUGGAGGACAGUGAGGUUCAGAAAUUUCUGGAGUGGGAGAAAGACACAUACAGCCCUGACGAGCACUUGUGGGCCACUCUACAGAGGAUACCCUCCGUCCCGGAUCAGUGCCUGCACACACAAGUAUGA